UGGCUCACAUUCAGCUAAGCUCUGAGAGGGGGAUGGAAGGAACAGGAGGGAGGAGUUAGUCUCAUAUAAAUGCAGGCAUAUGUCCGCCUGCUAGAAAACUCCCAGGUUUCCUCUAGCAGCGAGAGGGGGUGAGAAGUUGACACGAAGUGCCGCCUGCCCACACAUGAUGUGGCUGACUGUUCUUUACAGUUGCACCAGUGGAGCAGCUCUUUUGUAUGCUCUGUACAGAUGGGUGAUUCCUGCUGCUGUACAGUAUCAUGGAGGAUUGGCGCUGUUCUGGCAUGAUGUCGUCGUGGAGCGGAUGCUGGACACUCUGACUCAGUCCACACGUCCUCAGCGAAUGCUGGAUGCAGUAAAGGAAAACGCCACUAGAGGGGACCCUCGCAGCGUAGUGAAAGCUAUCGAUAAUUUCUGCAGAAACAAGGAGUGGGCCAUGAAUGUGGGGGAUGAGAAAGGGUGUAUUCUUGACUCAGUGGUGUCAGAGGUAAACCCAGCCACUGUGUUAGAGCUGGGAACCUACUGUGGCUACUCCACGGUGCGGAUUGCCAGUCUGCUUCCACCCCACGCCAAGCUCAUCACUCUUGAAUUUAACCCAGACUUUGCUGCAAUUGCACGUCAAGUCAUCGCUUGGGCAGGAUUAGAGGACAAGGUCCAGUUAGUUGUAGGAGCAUCUGGUGACUGGAUUCCCAAAAUGAAGGAGGAGUUUGGAGUGAAAACAUUUGAUUUGGUUUUCCUGGAUCACUGGAAGAAUAGUUACCUUCCUGACACAAAAUUGAUUGAGGAGUGUAGCCUCCUCAGGAAAGGCAGCGUCCUGCUGGCAGACAACGUCAUCUGCCCCGGAGCUCCUGACUACCUGGAAUUUGUCCGGAGCAGCCCGCGAUACAAGAGCCAGUACUUCAAAUCUCACCUGGAGUACACCAAAGUGGAGGAUGGCUUGGAGAAGUCUGUCUUCUUAGGGUAGUUUUUAACAAAAAAAUGUGAUGUUUUACACAGGUAGUAAACCUCAGACCUCUGUCUUGGGAUCAUUGAACAGACCUAAAAUCAGAAGUUUUUUUUAAAAAUGUCAUAGAAUUUAACUUGAAAUUAAAAGUAACCUGUGAAGGAA